AUGAUUAUCCCACGCCAAUCUUCUAUCAGGCCCUUCAUUGUCUCGCUACUGGUUGUCUCAGUGAUAUCCUCUAAAGUGCUUCAUCUUCUCCAACAUGCAUUUUCUCUUCCCGGCGGUCAAUUCGCAAUCUACUUCCCGACAUUCUUCAUCCUUGAGAUACUUUUAUGCGUGGCUGCGUGGGAGUUGCUAUUCAAAUUUACGGGGUUGAAGUCACUUUUGGGCACUGCAGUGACAGUGGCCAUAACGGCUCUGAGCUUCGUCUUGUCUUCAUCUCAAAUUGGGUUCUAUCUUGUAACUGGCAGUGAGAUCCGUUGGGAUGCAGCCACAGCCGUUGGAACUGAUCCAGAAGGGAGAAAGCUGAUGCUGAGCGGGCUGAGAUCCUUUUUGGGAGCCGCAUGCGCCCUUCUUGUGAUUUCAUGGCUACUCAAAUAUUGGAUAUAUGUUCUCAUAGGCCAUUGGAUGUCUGCACUAUUUAGCGCACAAACUGAAAAGGCAGACGAAGAAGGCAUCGUGACCAGCCCUCAAAGAAAGUCGCGGACAGCACGACUCAUUCAAUUUUGGACAGUAUGCGCCGCGGUAUUCAUUGGAUUCUUGCGCUUGGCUCGGCCCCAGGUGCCUUAUAACCAUAUGUCUGAGACUAUCCCAUUCAGCUUUUUCUGGGCUUUGGGUUCGAGGCCUGCUGAGCUGCAUCAGACUGGAGAUCAAUCAUUUCCGCUCGCAGACCUGAUUGAUGAGCCAUACUGGGAAGGUCCAUACGAUCACUUCAAGGGUUGGGCCCCAGGAAAGCCAGACUCCAACGCGAAAAAGAGUCGACCCGUAUGGGCGUCUGGGGAUUUACCACCAGGGUUCGACCGGUGGAGUGAAGCAGAGUCCGGCGAUGAAGGAGGGGGCGUUACUCUUAAUGAGAACGGGGCUUCUCAGAAGAAUAUUUAUCGUCCCACGGAUGACCCUCUCCGAAUCACCAACCUCAAUCGUGAAAUGCUUGAGCCCAUAGCUCAGGUUCUCAAGAAACAUCAAGUUCCCAUUACACAUGUCGUACUUGUGUUGAUGGAAAGUGCUCGGAAGGACAUAUUUCCCUUCAAGGCAGGCUCACAUCUGCACGAGAUGAUUCUAUCGUCCUAUAAUACCCAAGACCCCGAAGUACUCCAAGAGGUCAACGACAAAUUAUCAACUUUGACACCAAACGCAGAGAAGUUGACCGGUGAGACGAGUGGACUUUCGACAAGUAACAACAUUUCCAGCCCCUCUAGUGGAUGGAAUGGUACGACGGAACCAGGAAUGGGCGGUAUCAAUGUUAACGGUGUCCUCACUGGUAGCAGUCUAUCGUUCAAAAGUGCAGUCAUGAACUACUGCGGCGCGGGCCCUCUGCCGGUGAACUUCAUGGAGGAGGUCAACGCCAAAAACUACCAGCCGUGCAUUAUGCAGAUUUUUGAAUUGUUCAACCAACUUAAAAAGAACUCGACUGAGAAGGGCAAGCCUCGAAAUGGGUUUGAGCACAUUCAUGAUCGAAACUGGAGCACUGUUUUCUUGCAGUCGAUCACAGGACUGUAUGACGAGCAAGAUGAGCUCAACAAGCAGAUGGGGUUCCAAAAAUACAUCUAUCGCGAAGAUAUUGGCCAGCAAAGUGCCAAAUAUUAUCACGAAGACAUGGAGGAGAUCAAUUACUUUGGAUACCCGGAGUACGAGAUAUACCCAUACCUGCGAGAUGUGGUGAACAAUACAAUCGAGAACAACGAACGACUUUUUCUAUCUCAUUUCACGAGCACAACCCAUCACCCAUGGGGCACGCCCACAGCAUACCACGAAGAGGAAUACUUUGCCGGAGACAGUCUCAUGGCGAAGCACGAGGACAUCAACAAAUAUCUGAAUACGGUCCGAUACGUGGACACAUGGCUUGGCGAUAUGAUGAAGGUCCUCGACGAAGCCGGGAUUGCAAACGAGACAUUAGUGGUAUUCGUGGGAGAUCAUGGCCAGGCGUUCCCCGAAGAUGCGCCAGUCUCUGGUACAUACGAGAACGGACAUAUCAGCAAUUUCCGAAUUCCACUCGUUUUCCGACACCCGCUGUUGCCCGCAUUGCAAAUCACUGCGAAUGCAACCUCGAUGUCCGUCGUCCCGACCAUUAUCGAUCUACUCGUGCACUCGGGCUCGUUGAACGAGAUGGAUUCCAAUGCGGCUUUAGACCUAAUAAAUGAAUACGAAGGACAGUCAUUGAUACGCCCAUACCAAGCUACUCACAAUGGCCGACAGGCAUGGAACUUCGGCAUUGUCAACCCCGGUGGUACAAUGCUCAGUGUUGGGUCUGCGGCAGUCCCGUAUCGACUCAUAUUGCCGCUUGCUGAGGACUUUGAGUACAUUUUUUCUGAUCUAGAUACCGACCCGGAUGAGUUAAGUCCAUUGCGUGGGUGGUCCCUUGGGGAGUUGAUCGGCCGUGUACAAAGGAAGCAUGGAGACAAAGCCGGGAAGUGGCUGGUAGACGCGGAGAAAGUGGGGAAAUGGUGGAUUGAGGAGCAGAAAAGACUGUGGAAUUACCAAUAA